GCCCUCCUUCGCUCSCGCUCCCCGCCCGCAGCCAGCCGCCCUCCGUCGGUUCUUUCGUUAGUCCGCGGUCGUCUCUGGAGCUACCCGUCCUCGCCUCAGAGCUUGCGACUCACGGACAGGCGUUCUUGGCGCAAAGAGGCCAGACUCGGAGUCGUCGUCUGAGCUUUUCAUCUGGGAAGUUCAAGGUACUUUGUACAACUUUGGUCACAGGCCGUGCAUUUUGCAGCACAUUUGUAAGCUAUGGCUGCCAUCAGGAAGAAAUUGGUGAUUGUUGGUGAUGGAGCAUGUGGCAAGACAUGCUUGCUCAUAGUUUUCAGCAAGGACCAGUUCCCAGAAGUAUAUGUGCCCACAGUGUUUGAGAACUAUGUGGCAGAUAUUGAAGUGGAUGGAAAGCAGGUAGAGUUGGCUUUGUGGGACACGGCUGGGCAGGAAGAUUAUGAUCGCCUGAGGCCCCUCUCCUAUCCAGACACUGAUGUUAUACUGAUGUGUUUCUCCAUUGACAGCCCUGAUAGUUUAGAAAACAUCCCAGAGAAAUGGACUCCAGAAGUCAAGCAUUUCUGCCCCAAUGUACCCAUCAUCCUGGUUGGGAAUAAGAAGGAUCUUCGGAAUGAUGAGCACACAAGGCGGGAGUUAGCCAAGAUGAAGCAGGAGCCAGUAAAACCUGAAGAAGGCAGAGAUAUGGCAAACAGGAUUGGCGCCUUUGGGUACAUGGAGUGUUCAGCAAAGACCAAAGAUGGAGUGAGGGAGGUUUUUGAAAUGGCCACGAGAGCUGCUCUGCAAGCCAGACGUGGGAAGAAAAAAUCUGGGUGCCUUGUGUUGUGAAACCUUGCUGCAAGCACAGCCCUUAUGCGGUUAAUUUUGAAGUGCUGUUUAUUAAUCUUAGUAUAUGAUUACUGGCCUUUUUCAUUUAUCUAUAAUUUACCUAAGAUUACAAAUCAGAAGUCAUCUUGCUACCAGUAUUUAGAAGCCAAACCAUGAUUAAUAAUGAUGUCCAACCUGUCUGACCUGCCAGAGUUCUUCUGACACUGCUCUAACAGCCCUCUCUGCACUCCACCUGACACACCAGGCGCUAAUUCAAAGAAUUUCUUAACUUCUUGCUUCUUUCUAGAAAGAGAAACGGUAACUUUUGUGAAUUAGGCUGUAACUACUUUAUAACUAACAUGUCCUGCCUAUCAUCUGUCACCUGCAAGGAAAUCUGGUGAGUCAUCACUUUGGAGCUUUACUCCUCAGCCGAUUUCAUUGGCAUAGCUCUGGGGUGGGCAUUUAGUUGAUUGAAAGUGUACUCAGCCAGAAAGGCCCAAGUCCAUGCAGCUGUGGCAGAGUUACAGUUCUGUUACUCUGUUAGUUACCUUAUAGUUACUGUGUAAUUAGUGCCACUUAAUGUAUGUUACCAAAAAUAAAUAUCUAUCCCAGAUUAGAUGUAGUAUUUUUGUAUAAUUGGAUUUCCUAAUACUGAUAUUUGUCAACCCACAGAAAAGUGUAUUGGUUUUUUAAAAAAGAAAGUGUAUUUGGAAAUAAAGUCAGAUGGAAAAKUCAUUUUUAAAAUUCCCGUUUUGUCACUUUCUCUGAUAAAAGAUGGCCAUAUCACCCUUUUUUGGCCCCACAUUUCCCAGUACCCCUCUCCAGAGCUGGGCAAAGUAAAUAGGAAUUUGGUUUCAUGCYUGAAACAAUUAGACACUUGAAGGUGGCAUAACCUCUCACCUAGACUGCAGGGUCUGGCUCUUAUUCACAAUGCUCCUUUCUUCUCACUGUAUCCAGGUUCCCUCCCMGAGGAACCACCAGUUCUCAUGGGUGGCACUUGGUUUUUCUCUUCUCUCCAGCUGACUAAACUUUUUUUCUGUACCAGUUAAUUUUUCCAACUAWUAGAAUAAAGGCAGUUUUCUAAA